UCUUUCAGCCAAUCGCUGGAAACGUGCUGGAAAGCCUUGCUUCCUGUUUCCCGAAGAUUUGAGACAAGAGGCAGAUCCCAUAGAAGGAAGUACAUACACUGUAUACUGUACAAUACAACACCAUACACGUGACACAUGGAUGGAUGAAGGUGAAUGAUACGCAUAGAGAUGGGAGAGGCAUAUAAUGUGUGAUAAACAUAAGUAAUCUCCUUCAGAAAAAGAGAAAGGGUUGCACAGGUGUGGAGAUGGUUGAUGAGUACACAACUACUGAGAUUAAGCUGCUUCCCAGGCAAGAGCUCUUAGCGGCCUAAGGAGAACAAUUUUGAAUGGGAUCCACAGAUUACAGACAGGAGUAGUUUUAUCCUGUGGCUCCCUUGAAACCAGUAUAAAAGGCUGUAUCCUUUUCUGGAAAGAGAUGCAUAUCCACUUUGAAGAUAUUGCUGUGUAUUUCACUAAAGAAGAGUGGGAAAGUCUGGAAGAGCCAUUGCAGACACUUUACAAAGAAGUGAUGAUGGAGAAUUAUCAGAACUUCCUGUCACUGGGUACGCUGUGUCUGAAGCCUGAAUUAAUAUCAUUAAUUGAAAAUGGGCUGGAUCCAUGUUUUGCUGUGUUGAAUACAGAAAUACACAAAGACUUAUCAAGAGUUUAUGAGAUGAAGAAGGAACCAGAAGAUCUUCAGAUAACUGAGUGGUUUAGUAUCACAGCUGAAAGAGAGAAUGUUGAUUUGCUUAAAAGAACAUUAGUAGAAAGUACUGUGGUGCCCAAAAAACACAAAAAGGCAUCUUCGCUAUACAUUGGGGUAGUAAAAGACGAACCAGAGGAAAUUCAGCUGCCAGCCCACAAAGAGAGCAAUGAUCUGCAUCAGAGGCUGUGUAAUGAAGAUCAUAUCACCGUGUCUGUCCGAGAAGUGGGUCUACAUGAAGAGAUAACGUGUGUGUAUAAUCCAAUAGCUCAGAACCUUCCAUAUAAAGACAAGUGUAAUCUACUGAGUAGCCGCAGCCCAUGUCACACACAAGACUGUUUUCAGGCUAGUAACAACUGGGCUUUGGUGUUUAAUGGGGUGGAUUCCAGUUCUGCACCAAUAGUGAAAGAUGAAUCAGAAGACUGUAGUAUGUCAUUAAACAUACACUGCAGUGAUCUGCAUCAUAUACCAGUGCAGAGAAGAGAUGUGACUCUGUCUGAUAGAGAGCUAAAGAAAGAACCCUGUCUGCACACACAGCUCAGUGAUGUUACAUCCUGUGUGUAUAAAUUGAGCGCUCUGACUCCUGUGCAGCCAAGUGACAACAGCCAACUAUGUCUCACACCUAAACAGGAACACUAUGAUGUGAUCAGUGAUCAGAGUGCAGUGCUAUGCAAUAGAAAAGAACCAGUGUCACCAGUAGUAAAAGAUGAACCAGUGGAGCAUCCGAUAUCUGGGCACAUUAGUAACACAGGUGUCAAAAACAGUGAUCCACGUCCGAGCUCAUUUGAAGGAACUAUUGUUUCGCUUAAAGGAAAUGUAAAGAAUGAACCUCACCUCAUUAUGGAGAGAAAAGAGACAACCAAUGUGUAUAAUUCUCAAACAUGGAAAUGUCACAGUAAAUGUGAUACACAAAGCAAUGACAGGCCAGGUCACACAGCUAAAAGCCAGAACUCUAACCUGUUCACUAAGCAUACUGCUACAAGGUUUGAAUCUGCAUUUAAUUCCAAUAAAAACGCCUCAAAGUCCCUAUUGACUGGUAACUCAGCGGAAUCGUCCUUUAAAAAUCUGUCCAAAUCAUCUCAACGAAAGAGAAGUAAUUCCCAGGAUAUAAAGUAUGAGUGUGUUACACAACCUAGUGUGCAUAUGUCAAAAAGAGUGAAACAUCCACACAGAAACUGCUUUAGUAAUAUGUUAAAACACAUGCGAUCCCUGAGUUACACCCACAAGAAACGUGAAUGUACUAAAUGUGGGAAAUGUUUCAGGUCUAAAUACCAUCUUCUAUUGCACACAAAGCUGCACAAGAUGAGUAAGCCACAAUGUAGAUCUGUUGUAAUGGGGAAAGUGUUUUCUUGUUACAAAGGCAAGAAAGUAUAUAAAAGUAGGUACAGUUUAAUGUUACAUACUACAGUGCACACAGCUUGCAAGACUAGGACCAGAGGCGACUCUGGGGAAAAAACGUAUAACAACAGUUCAGCAAUUUUAAAAAACAGGAGAAAACACAUAAAGAAGACAUAUGUUUGCACUAAAUGCAAAUCCACUUUCCCCAGUAAAUCCUCGCUAGACCGUCAUCUGAGAAUCCAUUCAGGGCACAAUUAUCCCUGUGCAAUAUGUGAGAAGUUCUUUCAUAAAAAAAGUGCAUUAAAGUCACACAUGAGAACUCUCCAUGGAGAAAAACUCCACCCGUGCCCGGAGUGUGGGAAGUGUUUUGGCAGGAAAUCACAAGUCAGUUUACACCAGCAAAUCCACUCAGGACUUAAGCCUUUUACUUGCGGUGAGUGUGGAAGAAGCUUUGCUCUAAAACACAAUCUCAAAGCGCAUGAGCGAAUUCACACAGGGGAAAAACCAUUUUCUUGCUCUGAAUGUGGCAAAGAGUUUGGCAGGAAAUCUCAACUUGUCAGACAUUUUCGAACCCACACAGGAGAGAAACCCUAUUUCUGCUCCACUUGUGGCAAGAGUUUUUCAGUGAAAUGCAGCCUUUCUACACAUUUAAAAGGCCACACAAGAGAGAAUCUAUAUAGGUGUAAAGUUUGUGUGAAAGGAUAUUCAACACGCUCGCAACUAGUUAGACAUGCUGCUGUGCAUGAGAAGCCAGUAGUGCAUCGAUGCAGUACCUGUGGGAAGAAAGAAAGCAUAGAUUGCAGUCUAAUCUUACGGAAAGUGUUUCCGAAUGAAGCAGAUCGACACGUUUGCACGCUGUGUGAGAAGCUAUAUUUUAUCCCUUUUGAGAAUAUAAUGGCAACUAAUGCUCCAAAAUCUCUUUGAAUAUUGUCGGGUGUGUAUGUAACAAUUACAUAAGAAUGUAAUAUGCCUGAAGUAUAAGGAAGGGCACCUUUUAUGUCAAUAACUUACCGUGGAUAGAAAGUCUACUGUACAUAACUUUAUGGGAAUAACCUGUUUUGUUAUGACUUUUGUUCCACCAUUAAUGUGAAAUUGUAACUAACAAAAGUGCUAAUGUAUUGAUGUGUUGCCUUUUUAAAGUUAUUUGACCCUU